ACAACACCACCAAACACAAAACAUCUUUCUUCGUUUUCACCGCAAACCCACAAUUCUAUUCUAUGGACCACUUUGAUAUUGUUGAAUAGCAUUUAUUGGAAUUCCAGCGAAGAACUGUAGCACGAUGGGCGGCCGAAAUUGGCUGUUCCGAUCGGCAGUCUUAGUCUCUACUUUAUUAACAUGUAUUAGUAUUGCACAGGAACUACUUCCGUCAAUCGAAGUAGAAAGCCUUGCACAAGACCUACAAAUUCAAGAAUGGAUGCGCACAUUGCGACGCGUCAAGCGUGCGCCAACCAGAAAUAAUCGACCCGAACCGGUAGUUGUGGGUCGCAAUGGAACUGGUAAAUGCGUGAUAUCCGCUGAUCGCGCAUCUCAUUUUUGCGGAAUGGAAGAAGAAGUGUCCGCACCUCCGAUUCCGCCGCCAGAUGAAGGAAAAUGCAUCAUUUCGAAGGCAUCGGGCCGUGAGAUUUGCUACCCAUCGUACAGUCAGCUGGACACAAGUUGUACUGACGUCACCGGGCAGUCAUCAAAUGGACUUGUAGUGCCUCCUGUGGUACCACAUGCCACAGUCCGAGCAAUGGCAUUUGUACCACCGGAUAACCUCCGACGUCUGAUCAUUCAGUACUACCGACAGCAAGGGAAACAUCAACCAAAGAACGCUACAUUCUCACCCAAAUCAUUCCUUUUUGUGAAAUACCAUUGUGAUUACGGUUAUGAAAUGGUGGAUGAGGUUGACACAAUGUUCUGCCAGGAUAAAAAAUGGGUGAUGACACCUCCAAUGUGUCGUGGACAAGGAUUGUGUGCAGCUGAUAAUGGAGGAUGUUCACAUACUUGUAUUUCAUACAACGACGAGAAGAUCGAAUGCAAAUGCCCACGAGGAAUGACGUUAGAUGUUGAUGAGAAGACUUGUAUCAAGCCUAUUCCUAAAUCCCUCUGUCGUUCCCUGUCUGGAUGUACUUGUAACGGUAUCACGGAAACUCAAUUUGCCUGUUCAUGUGGAGAUAACAAGCAAAAGUGUCUUCUUAUCGCCGGACCACCAAGGAUUUACAUUGAACCACAAGGACCGUAUGAGGUUGCUCCAGGAGGAAAUAUUAAUAUCAGCUGUACCAGUGUUGCUUAUCCAUUUCCGGAUAUCUAUUGGUUCAAAAAUCAGAAAGUGAACACCGAUGGACCAGACCAGAACACACUUCGGGCUUCUCAAAUUCUGAUUAUCAAGGAAAUUUAUCGAAACGAAGAGUUCACUUGUGUAUCUGAUAACAUCCAUGGAUCUGCUAACCGAACUGUAUCAAUUGUUGUUACUGGACCUGGAUCCGCACCACACUUAAAAUCUGCGUCCGCCGGAAGAACCUCAUUGACUGUUCGAUGGGAACCACCAAGCAUCAUAAAUCGUCCAAUCACCACAUACACUUUGUACUACACAAACAAUCCACAACAGCCUGUAAAGAACUGGAAGAAGUUAGAAGUCAAGGAACCAACAAGAGAAGUUGCGAUUCCAGAUCUUCGCCCAGACACUGCUUAUUACAUUCGUGUCAGAGCCAACGAUCCUUUGGGACCUGGAAAGCUAGGAAAUCAAGUUCAAAUCAAAACAUUGAAGCCAGCAGUCCGACCAUACGUGAAUAUCGUGGAAGGUGAUGAGAUCAGAGUUCCACCAAUGACAGCAUUCGAAAUCGAUUGUAAUGUGACAAGAGCCGAUCCGGUUCCAGUUUUGGUCUGGCUUCACAAAGGUCGACCACUCAACAAGGGAAGCAAGACUCAACACAUCAAAAUGAAGAAUGGAGGAGUUCUCGAGAGCACUCAAUUCUCAUGUGUCGCUGAAAAUGAAGCUGGAAAAUCGACUAAGAAAAUCAAUGUAACUGUUACUGGACCAAGUGCUCCUGAAAGAAUUCGCUAUCAAAUUGACGGUGACAAAGUGACUCUUCAAUGGGAGCCCCCACAGAUUACAAAUGGACCGAUGGCUGGUUACGAUGUGUUUUACACCGAAGAUCCGAGUUUGCCAAGGGAUCAAUGGAAAGUUCAUCAUAUUGAUGACCCGAAUGCAAGAACCACCACAGUUCUAAGACUCAAUGAGAAGACUCCAUACACUUUCGUUAUCGUCGGUAGAAAUCGUCUUGGUCCAGGACUUCCAAGUGCUCCAUUCACUGCAACAACUUGGCUUGCUGCCAAGCCACCUGUUGUCCAGUUGGAACCAAGUGAAGAGAUGACCAAGGAACCAAGUAAUGACGAGAUGAUUAUUGAAUGUGGAGCUCAAGGAGUUCCAAAACCAAAAAUCAUUUGGCUUUGGAGUGGAACACUUAUUGAGGAUGGAAAAGAAGAGUUCAGAGUGUAUGACACUACUCCUACCGAUGCUCAGGAUAGAACCAGAAGCAAGUUGAUUGCUCAAAGUACAACAAGAAGCGGAGUCGCUACUUGCCAAGCUGUGAACUCUGAAGGAUCUGAUGAGAAGAAGGUUCCAGUAAAGAUCUUAGGACCAGGAAGUGCACCAUUAGGAAUCACACCAACUCCAAUGCAUACUGGAUUUGAUGUUGCAUGGAAGCCACCGAAGGUUACAAACGGAAGAAUUACGGACUACGUUGUAUAUUACUCAAAAGACCCGGAUGCUCCACUUUCUGACUGGGAAUCCAAAACUGUUCCAGCUGAUACUAGAAACCUUACAGUUAAUGUUGAUGAUGAAGAUACACCAUACGUAGUAAAGGUUCAGGCAAGAACUGAUGACGGUCCUGGAAUUAUUUCUGAAGCUUACGAGGUCACUACUGGUAGAAAACAAGUUCCUCUCUCGGUCCGACUGGAAAUCGCCGAUCCUUCUGUGGAUCCAUCAACUGGAGAGACAAUAGUCGAACCGACUCAACCGAUUCACUUCCGAUGCGUUGCUGAUGGCCGUCCAAUGCCAAGUGUCUCCUACUCCUGGCUUCCAAUCAAUGCGUCAGAAUCUGGUGAUGAACCAGUACCAAUCCCAAUUCAUUCUGAUGAUAGCCAGCCACAUCACUACAACUCUAUUCAAGUCUAUUCGACUACUGCUACAAAACGAAUUUUGCUGUGCCAAGCCAGAAAUCCAGAUGGAACUGUUGAUGAUCGUCACGUCUUCAUCGUGAAUAAGCCUGGGAGUGCCCCACAGAAUCCAGAAGUUAUUGUUGAUCCAGACAAUCGUGUGACUAUUACAUGGCAGCCACCAAAAUAUCCAAAUGGCGAAAUUACGAGUUACAACGUUUACAUCACUGGAGAUCCAUCCCUUCCCGUUGAUCAAUGGCAAGUGUUCCCAGUGGAUGACGUCACAGAUCCAAAGCUCGUUCUUCAGCGAGGAGCCCUUCAGCCAGAAACCCCAUAUUUUGUGAAAAUCGCUGCAGUCAACCCACACGGAGAAGGUAUCCAUACGGAUCCAAAACACUUUGACACAGUGAGCGGUGCACCAAUUGAUGCUCCAACUGAUGUUCUUCCAAGUGUGUCAAUUGACAACACUGUCAAUAUCACUUGGUCCCCUCCAACUCAACCACUUGGACCAAUCAAGAGUUACACUGUGUACUUUGCCCCAGAAUAUGAUGACAGCGACUUUAAGACUUGGCAACGAAUCAGCGUAGAUGCCCCAGAUGGUGCAGAUCAUGGAGAAGUUACACUUCCAAAAGAGCAAUUCAAUCCGAACACUCCGUACAAGAUCCGUAUUUCUGCGACCAAUGAUCUUUCGGAAGGACCAGCAUCUGAUCCAGUCAGAUUUGAAACUGGAAGUGGAGAAAUCCCACCAACAAUCACUUUGGACCCAUCCAACUCUACGUACACUGUGGAACCACUUGGUGCAGCCACAAUUACUUGUACUGCAACUGGAGUUCCUCAACCAAAAGUGCAUUGGAUUAAGGCUAACGGGGAAACUGUUGAUUCGGCUACUCUACAACUUUAUGAUCUUGUCAAGGACACUAGCGCCACUUGUGUCGCUGAAAAUAAUGCUGGGAAGACGCAAGAAGCAGUUUCAAUUCAAGUAACAGGACCUGGAACAGCACCAAAUGAGAUUGUGCUUUUGCCGAUGCCGAACCAAGAGAUCAAUGUUGAAUGGACUAGCCCCGAUGAGGUCAAUGGACAGAUUACUAAUUAUAUUAUUCAUUAUGGAGAAAUUUCUGAAGAUGGAAGUGAACCGGCUACCUGGGAUCAAGUUACUAUUGCUCGUGACGAUGUCAAUCAUAAAUUGGCAAACUUGGAACCAAAGAAGACAUAUGCAAUUAGAGUUCAAGCAGUCAGUGAUCGUGGACCGGGAGUUAUAUCUGCACCCCAAGUGAUUAAGACUCUUCCAUUAGCUCCACAAGCCAUCACUAAUCCAAUCAUUCAAGUUCAUCCGAAUAACAGUGUCACCAUUGAAUUCACGCCUCCUGAUGACCCAGAGAAUCCUGGAAAGAAGGUUAAAGACUUCGUGAUUCAAUACACAACCGACGAAGAACCAGAUGAUGAGAGUGUAUGGAAAGAGCUGAAAUUCACAGAUCCAGAUGACACCGAUGAUACCACCAUUGUUAGUAUUGAUGGAGAGAACUUCAACCCAGACACUAAAUACAAUACAAGAAUUAUUGCUCGUGGAGAGAUUGACUCGCAACCAAAUGAGCCAACACUGUUUGCAACUGGAGACGGAGUCAUUGCACCAAGUCAACCUUCAUUUAACGUAGACACUGAAGACGGCGUCAUUCGUGUUCCAGCAGGCACUGAUUACACCAUUAAAUGUGUCUCUGAAGGAUAUCCAGCACCUGACGUAAGAUGGGUUGAUUCUCAUGGAAAUCAACUAUCUGAUGGACCACUUCUUCGUAUCAUCGAUAUUCGUAAGACCCUCAAUGCAAAAUGUCUUGCUGAAAACCGUGGAGGACUCAAGGAAACCGAUUUGACAAUUUUCGUGGCGGGACCUGGAACUGCUCCGGAAAAUAUUCAACUCACUGCGAACAAGCCAACAACUAUUUCUGUUCAAUAUGAAGUUCCAAGUAUUCCAAAUGGAAAUAUCAGCAAAUAUAUUAUCUAUUACACUCCACUUGAUGACCAGGAUCCUGAUCACCAACUUGGACAAGUUCAAACAAAACCAAUCAGUGACUGGCAGAACGUUCAUGAUAUGAACGACGGAGUUGAGGGACCACGUAAAGUUGACAUCAAAGAUUUUGUCAGCACUGACACCGCCUACGCUGUCGUUGUUCAAGCUAUCAAUGAUGACGGACCGGGACCAUAUUCGAAUCAGUACACCAUUAGAACAAUGUCUCGUGCCCGUGAAGGCCCACCAGUGGAGUUAAGAGUCGAACCAGACGGUCAAAGAUCUGCAGUUGCUCAAUGGAAGGAACCAGUUACAUCCGAUGUUCCACCAAUUGGAUAUGAAAUUUAUUAUGUCCGAGGAGACAAAAGUGUUGAGGAAGAUGAUUCAGCUGGAUUGAAUGAUUGGAUCAAAAUUUCAAUUGACGACCCAACAAAGUUGACUCAUAAGAUUCAGAAUCUUUUACUGCCAGACACGGACUACGUUUUCAAAAUGCGUGCAAUCUAUCCUGAUGGUCCAAGUGUCUUCUCCGAGCCAUGCAUCAUGAAGACUCUGCCAGAUGGAAAUGCUCCAUACAUUCAAAUCUCAACUGGAGAUAAUGGUGUCGAAGGAAGUACAACUAUUCAAAUUCUUCCAGGAUCCCAGAUGACGAUUGCUUGUAACGCGACCGGUAUUCCAUUGCCACAAGUGAAAUGGAUUAAAGCAGGAAACUAUGAAAUUGAUCCAAGUAGAGUCGAUGCCGAUGGAAAUCAUGCUCAAUUCUCUCUUCAAGUGGCUAAUAUCACAGAAGAUACCACUUUCAAUUGUGUCGCUCAAAAUCCACUUGGACAUGCCAAUUGGACAAUUAAUGUAAACUUGAUUGAAGGAUUGGAACCAAACUGGAGAGACGACUUUGUAACUUCGAAGUCUGAUGGAGGACAGAUUGUUCUUGUGUUUAAUGAUGAACUCCCAGAAUACUUGAAACCUCCAAACGAGUGGACGAUCCAGUAUACUGAUGAUGCCGAACAACCAAAAGAUCAGUGGGAGUCAAUUCCUUCCGGUGGAGCACCACUUACAAGAGUAGAGGUUCCAAAUAUGAAUCCUGGAACUUUUUAUUACUUGGUUGUUGAUAAUCCGGAAAAAGGAAUUCAAACACCAACAUUGGUUGUCAUGACGCCAAAACCACCUUCUGACAUUCGAUUCGGAAAGAAUAAUGAUGAUGAGCAGAUAGUUGAUUUUAAACCAGCAGUUGCAUCGGAACCAAUUAAGGAAUACACUAUAAGUGUCUGGCCAUCAACUGAUCCUAGUAAUGUCAAGAAAUUCACAACUCCAGCUGAUGUAACAAGUGGUGUGGUCGUGGAUGGUCUCGAACCUGAUACCGAAUACAAUGUUCAAGUUGCCGCCGAAUUCUACGAAGGCGAAGAGCUUGCCAGUGAGCCAGUCACAGUCAAAACUCCACCGAGAGAUGUGUCUUGUGAAUGUGAUCAUGGUUGCGCAUUUGAAAUGAAUGAAGAUGCUGGAACUAUGGAGCCAAAAUGCUAUUGUCAUGGUGGAUUCCAUUUGACAUCUGAUGGAAAAAGUUGCGAACGUGAUGAGGAGGAUGAUGCCACAUCACAAGCAGUCCUGCAGGUUACCCCACCAUCAAUUACAACUAAAGUUGCUCCUGAAGAACUUCUAACUGGCUCUUCAGGAGAAGUUGACUCCACACCAGAGACACUUUCCCCAGUUGUGGGUCCCGAUGGAAAACCACUUGUUCUCGAUAAGAAAGGGAAACCAAUUGAUAGUUCUGGAAAACCAGUUAAAUUUGAUGAAAACGGGGAUCCAAUUGCUCCAGAAGGAACUAAACUUGAAAAGAAUGACAAUGGAGAAUGGGUAUAUCCACUGGUGGAUAGGAACGGUAAACCACUUCCAGUUGAUGAAAAUAACAAACCAAUUAUUACUGUAAUUGAUAAGGAUGGAAGAGUUGUUACUGAAACAGAUGAUGGAACAUUUGUAACAUCUGAUGGAAAACAAGUUGAAGUUGAUGAUCUUGGAAGACCACUGGAUGAAGAUGGCAAUCCGUACAAAACUAAUGAGAACGGUCAGUUCGUUAUAUCAGAUGUGGAUGGAGCUGUUGAAGGAGACGAUGAAGAAGAACAACCACAAGUUAUUCCAUUGUAUGUGGUUGAUGUUGAUGAUGAUGGAAAAUAUCUCGACGAAGACGGAAAUGAGAUUCCUGUCAAUGAAGACGGAGAUCCUAUUGACGUGAAUGGUAAACCUCUUGAGAAAAAUGAAGAUGGAAAGUUUGUGAAACCAAAAGAAUCGACUCAGGAAACGCCACAACCAACCAAGAUCACAAUUGUGUCACCUGAUGGAACCCCACUUCCAACUGAUGCAUCUGGCAGCCCGAUUGGAUUAGACGGACAACCAGUUCCAACUGAUGCUAGUGGAAAACCUCUUGCCAAAGAUGGUUCACCACUUCCAACUGAUAACAAUGGAAAUUAUGUUAUCCUACCAUCUUCCAAAAACAGUGUUGAUAGUCAGCCAACUGAUGAUGCUGGAAGAGUUAUUUAUCCAGUUGUUCUUCCUGAUGGUUCUCCACUUGCUACUGAUUCAACUGGAAACUUCGUCAACCGUCAUGGAGAUAUUGUUGAAAGAGACGACGAGGGUAAACCAAUGGGACCAGACGGUCAGCUUCUACCAACGGAUGCUUCCGGAAAUUACAUCUAUCCAGUCACAGGUCCGAAUGACGAAGUUUUGCCAACAGACGCAAAUGGGAAUCCGAUUUAUCCAGUUGUUGGACCAGAUGGAACACCUCUUCCUACUGACGCAUCAGGAGCAAUCGUAGGUCCAGAUGGACAACCAAUUCCAACCGAUUCUAACGGAAAACCACUGUCAAAAGAAGGAUAUCCGCUUCCAGUCGAUAACCAAGGAAACUACAUUCUUCUUCCAACAGAGAUUGAUGCGGCUCAAUCUUUGCCUACUGAUGAUGCUGGUAUGCCAGUCUACCCGAUCGUGAAGCCAGAUGGAACUCCUCUGGCUACUGAUUCAACUGGAAGUUUUAUCAACGAUAAUGGAGAAAUCAUUGAAAAAGACGACGAAGGAAGACCUUUUGGACCUGAUGGCCUGAUUCUUCCAACAGAUGCUUCAGGCAACUAUAUUUAUCCAGCAAUGGGUCUUGACGGUCAACCUUUGGCGACUGAUGCGUCCGGAAACUAUGUUCUUGUUUCAACUGAACAAACAGUUACCAAGAGUUAUCCAGUUGACGAUUCAGAUAUCACGAUUCACCCAAUAGUGAAUCCAGAUGGAACUCCUCUGGCUACUGAUUCAACUGGGUCUUAUGUAACUGAAGAUGGACAAAUAAUUGAGAAAGAUGAUGAAGGAAGACCACUUGGACCAGAUGGGCAGGUACUUCCAACGGAUGACUCUGGAAAUUACAUCUACCCAGUCGCUGAAUCAGGCGAAGAAACAAAACCAACUGAUGCAUCUGGAAAGACUGUCUAUCCAGUACGUGGGCCAGAUGGAACUCCACUUCCAACUGAUGCUUCUGGAGCUGUUAUCGGGCCUGAUGGAGAAGUUAUUCCAACUGAUGAAAAUGGAAUUCCAUUGUCACAAGAUGGAUCACCACUUCCUACAGACAAUCAAGGAAAUUAUAUCCUUGUUCUAACAUCGGAAACGCCAACCAAGACUCUCCCAAUUGACGAAUCUGGAAACGUCGUAUAUCCGAUUACUAAGCCCGAUGGCACCCCGCUCGCUACGGAUUCAACAGGUUCAUUUGUGACUGAGGAUGGCACAAUUAUUGCGAAGGAUGAUGAAGGAAAACCACUUGGACCCGAUGGAGAGGUUCUUCCAACUGAUGCUUCUGGAAAUUAUGUCUAUCCGGUAACGGUUUCGGAUGAACAAACGCUGCCAACUGAUGAUACUGGAAAAACCGUGUAUCCAAUUCGUGGACCAGAUGGAACUCCACUGCCUACUGAUGCUUCUGGACCUGUUAUCGGGCCAGACGGCGAAAUUAUGCCAACUGAUGAGAAUGGAAUUCCGCUAUCAAAGGACGGAACUCCUCUUCCAACUGAUAACGACGGCAACUACGUUAUUGUUCCAUCUGAUGAGGAAACUAGCAAAGAACUACCAAUCGACGAUUCCGGAAAUGUAAUUUAUCCAAUUACUAAACCAGACGGAACUCCACUCGCAACUGAUUCAACUGGUUCUUUCGUCACUGAAGAUGGAACAAUUAUUGAAAAAGAUGAUGAAGGAAAGCCUCUUGGCCCAGACGGACAAAUUCUUUCAACUGAUGCAUCUGGGAACUAUGUGUAUCCAGACCCUGGAUUGGAUAGUCAAAUUCUGACCACAGAUGUAUAUGGAAAGCCUAUAUAUACUGUCAUCGGUCCAGAUGGCACUGCUCUGCCAACAGAUGCUUCUGGAGCUGCUAUUGGACCUGACGGAACUCCAAUUUCUACUGAUGAAACCGGUGAACCACUUGAUAAGGAUGGUUCUAUACUCCCAACUGACGAUUAUGGAAACUUCGUUUUUGUUGUCUCUCAAGAACUUCCAACCGACGCGGAAGUUCAAACACCAAUUACAAAACCGGACGGCACUUUACUUGCUACUGAUUCUUCUGGGAACUAUGUCAAUGACAAUGGAGAUAUAAUCGAAAAAGAUGACGAAGGAAAACCGCUUGGCCCAGAUGGAGAAGUUCUUCCAACAGAUGGCACAGGAAACUUCAUAUAUCCAGCAACAACUUCUGAUGGAGAAGUUAUACCUACUGACGAUUCUGGAAAACCAUUGUACACCAUUCGUGGACCAGAUGGUACACCACUUCCUACUGAUGAGACCGGUUCGGCUCUCGGACCAGAUGGAGAACCGAUUUCCACGGAUUCAAGCGGUAAGCCGUUGUCUAAAGAUGGAUCCCCUCUUCCCACUGAUAACAAUGGAAAUUAUGUUCUCGUUCCAACUGACGAAUCAACAACAAAGGCCCUCCCAACUGAUGAGUCUGGAAAUGUUGUGAUUCCAAUUACCAAUCCCGACGGAACAUCGCUUGCCACUGAUUCCACAGGAUCAUUUGUUACUGACGACGGACAAAUUAUUGAAAAGGACGACGAAGGCAAGCCAUUGGGCCCAGAUGGAGCUAUUCUUCCAACUGAUGCUUCUGGUAAUUACAUAUAUCCAGUUGUUGGACCUGACGGGCAAGCACUUCCAACAGAUGAAACUGGCAAGACAGUCUACCCAGUUCGUGGACCAGACGGCACUCCACUUCCAACGGAUGCUUCUGGUGCUGUUAUGGGUCCAGAUGGUGAACCAAUUCCAACCGACGCCAAUGGUAAACCACUAUCGAAGGAUGGAUCUCCCCUCCCAACUGACGCUUCUGGAAACUACGUACUUGUACCAUCUGACGAAGUAACUGCUAAGGAACUUCCAACUGACGAAUCCGGCACUAUCGUUUAUCCAGUUACAAGAGCAGAUGGAACUCCACUCGCAACUGAUUCUACUGGAUCAUUUGUUACUGAUGAUGGCCAGAUUAUUGGAAAAGAUGACGAAGGAAAACCACUUGGACCAGAUGGACAAGUACUUCCAACUGAUGAUUCUGGGAACUACAUUUAUCCGGCCGUUGGUCCAGAUGGACAAGCUUUUCCGACUGAUAAAUCUGGAAAACCUCUGUAUCCAGUACGUGGACCGGAUGGAACAUCACUCCCAACUGAUGCUUCAGGAGCUGCCAUAGGUCCCGAUGGAGAGGUUAUUCCAACUGAUGAAAAUGGUAUCCCUCUGGAUAAAGAUGGCUCUCCGCUACCAACAGAUGCUUCUGGAAACUAUAUUAUUGUUCCAUCAGGCGAGUUGACAAUGGCAUCCCAUCCAACAGAUGACACUGGAAAUGUCAUUUAUCCAAUCACUAAACCAGACGGAACCCUAUUGUCCACCGAUUCAACGGGUUCCUUUGUGACUGAGGAUGGACAAAUUAUUGAAAAAGAUGAUGAAGGAAAACCACUUGGUCCGAACGGAGAGGCUCUACCAACAGAUGAUUUGGGAAAUUAUAUUUAUCCAAUAACUGAUUCCGAUGAACAGACAUCGCCAACUGAAGAUGUUGGGACAUCUGUACACCUUGUGCGUGGACCAGAUGGAACUCCACUUCCUACUGAUGCUUCGGGAUCUGCAAUUGGACCAGACGGAGAAGUCAUUCCUACUGAUGAGAAUGGUGUUCCAUUGGAUAAAGAUGGUUCUCCUCUUCCUACUGACAACAAUGGAAACUAUGUGCUUGUUCCAACAAAGGAGUCGGUAACAAAGAUUCUUCCAACAGACGAUUCUGAAGCCGUGGUUCACCCAAUAACACGACAAGAUGGCACACCACUUUCUACAGAUUCAACUGGAAACUUCGUUACUGAUAACGGGGAAAUAAUUGAAAAAGACGAUGAAGGACGCCCGGUUGGACCGGAUGGACAAGUUCUUUCAACUGAUGUUUCUGGAAACUUUGUAUAUCCAGUAACUGAAUCACCAAAUGAUGGCGAGAAACCAAUUCACCCUGUACUAGGUCCAGAUGGUUCUCCACUCCCGACUGAUGAUUCCGGCGCAGUAAUCGGACCGGACGGAGAAGUAAUUCCUACUGAUGCUAGCGGUGUUCCACUGUCCAAACUCGGACUUCCACUUCCCACUGAUAGUGAUGGAAACUAUAUAAUUCUUUCAUCUGAUACAGACGUAACUAAAGAACUACCAACUGAUGACACUGGUAAUGUAAUUUAUCCGAUUACCAAACCAGAUGGUACUCCACUUGGAACUGAUACUUCGGGAUCUUUUGUUUCAGACGAUGGACAGAUUAUUGAGAAAGAUGAUGAUGGAAAACCGCUUGGACCAGAUGGACAGGUUCUACCUACUGAUGCGACUGGAAACUUUAUCUAUCCUGUUUUGGGGCCGGAUGGACAAGCCCUGCCAACAGACGAAUCUGGAAAGACAGUCUAUCCAGUUCGUAGACCAGAUGGAAAUCCACUUCCAACGGAUGCUUCGGGUGCUGUUAUCGGACCAGGCGGCGAGCCAAUUCCCACUGAUUCGAGUGGCAAGCCACUCUCUGCAGACGGUUCUCCUCUGCCCACUGACGCUUCUGGAAAUUACGUACUUGUACCAUCUGACGAAGUAACUGCUAAGGAACUUUCAACUGACGAAUCCGGCACUAUCGUUUAUCCAGUUACAAGAGCAGAUGGAACUCCACUCGCAACUGAUUCCACUGGAUCAUUUGUUACAGAUGAGGGCCAGACUAUUGAGAAAGAUGACGAAGGAAAACCACUUGGGCCAGAUGGACAAGUACUUCCAACUUAUGCUUCCGGAAACUACAUUUAUCCAGUGAUCGGCCCAGAUGGGCAAGCCCUUCCAACUGAUGAGUCUGGAAAGACUGUUUACCCUGUUCGCGGUCCAGAUGGCACCCCACUUCCAACUGAUGUUUCUGGAGCUGUUAUUGGGCCUGAUGGAGAAGUCAUUCCAACUGACUCUAACGGAAUCCCACUAUCACAAGAUGGAACCCCACUUCCAACUGAUAAUCAAGGAAAUUAUAUUCUAGUUCCGACUUCUGAGACCGCAACUAAAGCUCUUCCAACAGAUGAAUCAGGAAAUGUUAUCUACCCAAUCACUAAAGCCGAUGGAACUCCACUCGCAACUGAUUCUACUGGAACAUUUGUUACUGAUGAUGGUCAGAUUAUUGAAAAAGAUGACGAAGGAAAACCACUUGGACCAGAUGGACAAGUACUUCCAACUGAUGAUUCUGGGAACUACAUUUAUCCGGUCGUUGGUCCAGAUGGACAAACUGAUGAAUCUGGAAAAACUGUGUAUCCAGUACGUGGAUCCCAUCCUACAGAUGACACUGGAAAUGUCAUUUAUCCAAUCACUAAACCAGACGGAACCCUAUUGGCCACCGAUUCAACGGGUUCCUUUGUGACUGAGGAUGGACAAAUUAUUGAAAAAGAUGAUGAAGGAAAACCACUUGGACCAGAUGGACAGGUGCUCCCAACUGAUGAAUCUGGAAACUAUGUGUACCCAGAAGUAAAAUCAGAUGAACAACUGCUUCCAACUGAUCAUACUGGAAAAACUGUGUAUCCAGUUCAUGGUCCAGAUGGAACUCCACUUCCAACAGAUGAUUCUGGUGCAAUUAUUGGCCCCGACGGAGAAGUCAUUCCUACUGAUGAAAAUGGAAUUCCUUUAUCAAAGGAUGGAUCACAACUUCCUACGGAUAACAAUGGAAAUUACGUACUUGUUCCAUCAGAUGAAGGUGCCACGAAGACCCACCCCACUGAUGAGACUAGUGAUGCCGUUCAUCCAAUCACUAAACCAGAUGGAACUCCACUUGCUACUGACUCCACCGGAAACUUUGUUACAGAAAAUGGGGACGUCAUUACUAAGGAUGAAGAAGGAAAACCUCUUGGACCAAAUGGACAGAUCUUGCCAACUGACGCUUCUGGGAAUUACAUUUACCCAGUUAUUGGACCAGAUGGACAAGCCCUGCCAACUGAUGAAUCUGGAAAGACUGUCUACCCAGUACGCGGACCAGAUGGAACUCCACUUCCAACUGAUGCUUCUGGAGCUGUUAUCAGUCCUGAUGGAGAAGUGAUUCCCACUGACGCAAACGGAAUUCCUCUAGAUAAAGAUGGAUCUCCACUUCCAACCGAUGCUUCUGGAAAUUAUAUUCUAGUGCCUUCUGAACAGGACAUAACAAAAACUCUCCCAACCGAUGACUCUGGAAACGUGAUCUAUCCAAUCACCAAACCAGAUGGUACUUCUCUGGCAACUGACUCAACUGGGUCCUUCGUAACUGAAGGUGGAGAAAUUGUUGAGAGAGACGAAGAUGGUAAACCACUUGGACCAGAUGGACAGGUGCUUCCAACAGACGCAUCUGGCAACUACAUCUAUCCGGUUGUUGGACCUGAUGGACAAGUACUUCCAACAGAUGAUACUGGUAAAACUGUCUACCCAGUCUAUGGGCCAGAUGGAAUUCCACUUUCAACGGAUGCCUCUGGCGCUGUUAUUGGACCUGAUGGAGAGCCGAUUCCAACUGAUGCUAGCGGAAGACCGCUUGACAAAGAUGGUUCUUUUCUUUCAACCGACGCUUCCGGAAACUAUAUCCUUGUUCCUUCCGAUGCACCAACCAAUGAAGCGGGCCCUGUAGUCGUUCAACACCAAAUCACGAGACCAGAUGGAACUCCUCUUGCAACUGAUUCUUCUGGGCACUUUGUCACAGAGGAUGGAGUGAUUAUCGAAAAUGAUAAAGAGGGAAGGCCGAUUGGCGCUGAUGGUCAGGUACUUCCAACUGAUGCAUCAAACAACUACAUUUUCACUGAUGUUCCAACUCAAGGUUAUGCAGUAUUUAUCCCAACCGACGUUGUCCCAAUCGAACUUGAAGCACCAAACUGUGAUCAGGUUGAUGGCCGUGUUGACACAUUACUCUUUGUUGUCGAAAGUUCACAUACAAGUGCACCAUAUCUGGAUACUCUCAAAAAGCUCAUCGAGAAUCUCCUACUUACUACUCCAAGAGAUUUCCUUCCAAAGAUAGGAACAUUAAUUUACAGCGCUACCACUGAAAUCACUAUUGAUAUUGGCUCCUAUGGGGAUUUCAAAGAACUAUUUGACUCAACAAAUGAAAUCAGAGAAAUUGGAGGAAUUCCAGAUGUCACUAAUGCCUUGAGAACAGCAAAAAUGAUUCUGGAAGAAACUUCGAGAGGGGAUACGCUGGUUUUGCAUUUAUUGGCCUCGCCCAUGAGAACUAGCAGCAAGGUUUAUACUGAAAGAAUCCGAGCUCUACCAAAUACUCGUCUUAUUCAUCUUAACGAGAAACAGUGGGCUGAAGAUCCCAAUGCCGUUGAAUUAUUGAGAAGCCAUCUAUGUAUUCCGAGUGAAGUUCCGUUACCUUCAAUGAUGCCAACUGAUGCCAGUGGAAACCUUCUUUCAAUUCCAACCGACGAAGUAGUUACAGAUGGGACUCCAACUGAUGAAUCUGGAUUUGUGAUUUACCCUAUUACCAAACCAGAUGGAACACCUCUUGCAACUGAUUCUACUGGAUCAUUCGUUACUGAAGAUGGACAAAUAAUUGAAAAGAAUGAAGAUGGAAAACCACUUGGUCCCGACGGACAAGUAUUACCAACGGACAAUUCUGGAAACUAUAUUUAUCCAAUUGUCGGACCAGACGGCCAAGCUCUUCCUACAGACGCUUCUGGAAAACCAAUUUAUCCAGUUCGAGGACCAGACGGAACUCCACUCCCAACUGACGCUUCGGGAGCUGUCAUCGGUCCUGAUGGAGAACCAAUUCCAACUGAUGCAAGUGGUAAACCACUUGCACAAGAUGGAUCUCCACUCCCUGUUGAUAACGAAGGAAAUUACAUUAUUCUUCCAACUCAACAAGUUGAUACAAAAGAAUAUCCAACUGAUGAAACUGGAAACGUUAUUGUUCCAAUCACUAAACCUGACGGAACACUUCUGCCAACUGACUCCACUGGAAGUUUUGUUACUGAAAAUGGAGAUAGAAUUGAGUUCAAUGAGGAAGGAAAACCACUAGGCCCAGAUGGUGAAGUUCUGGCGACUGAUGCUUCAGGAAACUAUGUUUAUCCAGGAUCUGUGGUUGAACCAACAGCCGAACCACAAGAAGUCACUCAUGGACCAGAUGGACAAGUUCUACCAACUGAUGCAAGUGGGAAGCCAAUUUAUCCGGUUCGUGGACCUGAUGGAAUUCCACUUCCAACUGAUGCUUCUGGAGCUGCUAUUGGGCCUGAUGGAGAAACUAUUGCUACCGACGAAAACGGAAUCCCACUCUCCAAAGAUGGAUCACCACUUCCCACUGAUAACACUGGAAACUACGUGUUAGUUCCUUCUGAUGAAGGCGCAACCGAAGAAAAACCAACUCAAGGCUCAGAAAGCAUUGUUCACCCAAUAACUAAACCAGAUGGAACUCCUCUCGCAACUGAUUCCACCGGCUCGUUUGUUACUGAUGAUGACCAAGUUAUUGCUAAAGACGAAGACGGUAAACCGAUCGGACCUGAUGGACAGGUUCUUCCAACUGAUUCUUCUGGUAACUAUAUUUAUCCAGUGAUUGGACCAGACGGACAAGCCUUGCCAACUGACGAAUCUGGAAAGACAGUCUAUCCAGUUCGUGGACCUGAUGGAACUCCACUUUCGACUGAUGCUUCUGGAGCUGUCAUCGGAUCUGAUGGGAAACCAAUUCCAACUGAUGAAACCGGAUUACCAUUGAAUAAGGAUGGUUCACCAUUACCUACAGAUAACGAUGGAAACUAUAUUCUCAUCCCAGCCGAUGAAUCAGUCGUCAAAGCUUUGCCAACCGACGAGGCCAAAGAAGUGUAUCCAAUUGUUCAGCCGGACGGUACUCCAUUGGCAACUGAUUCAAGCGGAAACUUCGUUACUAGCUCUGGUGACAUCAUUGAUAUAGAUGAUGAGGGAAAACCACUUGGACCAGACGGGCAGGCUUUACCAACUGAUGAUUCUGGUAACUACAUCUAUCCAGUAAUCGGUCCAGAUGGACAAGCUCUUCCGACAGACGAAUCUGGAAAGACUGUCUACCCAAUUCGAGGACCAGAUGGAACUCCGCUUCCAACUGAUGCUUCAGGAGCUGUUAUUGGACCAGAUGGAGAACCAAUUCCAACUGAUGCCAGUGGUAAGCCGCUGUCACAAGAUGGAUCGCCACUUCCAACUGAUGCUUCUGGAAACUAUAUUCUUGUUCCAUCAGACGGAGAAGUAACAAAGACUUUACCUACGGAUGAUGUUGGAAAUGUGAUUUAUCCUAUUACCAAACCUGAUGGAACACCUCUAGCCACUGACUCCACAGGAUCAUUUGUGACAGAUGACGGACAGAUUAUUGAAAAGGACGACGAAGGAAAACCGCUUGGACCAGAUGGACAGGUACUAUCAACCGAUGAUUCUGGUAAUUACAUCUAUCCAGCUGUCGGCCCUAACGGUCAAACUAUUCCAACAGAUGAUACUGGAAGAACGGUGUACCCAGUACGCGGACCCGACGGAACUCCACUUCCAACUGAUGCCUCUGGAGCUGUUAUCGGGCCUGAUGGAGAACCAAUUCCUACUGACGCUAGUGGAAAACCAUUGUCUGCCGAUGGAUCUCCACUCCCGACUGACAACAACGGGAACUAUGUUAUUGUCCCUACUGAUGGGUCGACAGUAAAAUCCCACCCAACAGAUGAUAGUGGAAACACAAUUUAUCCUGUUGUAAAUGAAGAUGGCACUCCACUUUCUACAGACUUGAGUGGAAACUUCUUGACUAAUUCUGGAGAAAUUGUCGAUAGAGACGACGAGGGUAAACCACUUGGACCUGAUGGACAAACACUACCCACUGAUGCUUCUGGUAAUUAUGUAUAUUUACAAAAAGUUGAAGAGACGACUAAGCCAUUGCCGACAGAUGAAUCAGGAAACAUUGUUUAUCCAAUCACAAAACCAGAUGGUACUCCUCUGGCAACUGACUCAACUGGAUCAUUUGUCACUGAAGAUGGAACAGUUAUUGAAAAGGAUGAUGAAGGAAAGCCUGUUGGACCUGACGGACAAGUGCUACCUACAGAUGAAUCUGGAAACUAUAUAUAUCCUGAUGUUACACCAGAUGGUCAAGUUCAACCAACUGACGUUUCUGGAAAACCAGUUUACCCAGUUCGUGGACCCGACGGUUCUACACUUCCAACAGACGCAUCAGGCGCAGCGCUCGGUCCCGACGGCAAGCCGAUCCCAACUGAUUCAAACGGCGUGCCGCUGUCAGAGGACGGGUCUCCACUCCCAACAGACAAUCAAGGAAAUUAUGUUCUCGUUCCAACAUCUGAAACUGUCACAAAAUCUAUGCCAACUGAUGACAAUCGCAAUGUUAUAUAUCCUAUAACUAUGUCAGAUGGUUCACUUCUUUCUACUGAUUCAACUGGAUCAUUUGUAACUGAAGAUGGAAAAGUUAUAGAAAAAGAUGACGAAGGAAAACCUCUCGGGCCUGAUGGACAAGUACUUCCAACCGACGCAUCUGGCAACUACAUCUAUCCAGUUCAUGGACAGGACGGAACACCACUUCCAACGGAUGCUUCUGGAGCUGUUAUUGGACCUGAUGGAUCACCAUUGCCAACUGAUGACUCUGGAGCAGUGAUUGGACCAGAUGGAGAAGUCAUUCCUACUGAUUCGAACGGAAUUCCGUUGAAUAAAGAUGCUGAACAACCAGGAGAAGAAAUUAAAGAAAUUCCAAUCACCAAACCAGAUGGUACAUUACUUUCCACUGACUCAACUGGUAAUUUCAUCACUGAGAAUGGAGAGAUCAUUGAACGAGACGAUGAAGGAAAACCAAUUGGACCGGACGGACAGAUUCUCCCAACUGACGCUUCGGGUAACUACGUUUAUCCAGUCAUUGGCCCAGACGGACAAGGUCUUCCAACUGACGAAUCUGGAAAGACUAUCUAUCCAGUUCGAGGACCAGAUGGAACUCCACUGCCAACGGAUGCUUCUGGAGCUGUUAUCGGACCUGAUGGAGAACCAAUUCCUACUGAUGCAAGUGGAAAACCACUGUCACAAGAUGGAUCGCUACUCCCAACAGACAACAAUGGAAAUUAUGUUUUAUUACCUUCUAAUGAAGAAACGACACAAGGAUUAACAACUGACGAAUCUGUAAAUGUUAUCUACCCGAUCACCAAGCCAGAUGGAACUCCUCUUGCGACUGACUCUACUGGAAACUUUGUCACAGAUAACGGAGAAACUAUUGAGAAAGACGAAGAAGGAAAGCCUAUAGGCCCAGACGGACAGACUCUUCCAACCGAUGACUCUGGCAAUUACAUCUACCCAGUUGUUGGACCCGAUGGACAAGCUCUGCCAACUGAUGAAUCUGGAAAGACUAUCUAUCCAGUUCAUGGACCAGAUGGAACUCCACUACCAACUGAUGCUUCUGGAGCUUCAAUUGGUCCAGAUGGAGAACCAAUUCCAACUGACACCAGUGGUAAACCGCUAUUCAAGGAUGGAUCACCUCUGCCUACUGACAGCAAUGGAAACUUCAUUAUUGUACCCUCUGAAAAAAGAAUGGAUGAAGAACUUCCAACUGACGAUUCCGGAAAAAUUAUUUAUCCAAUCACUAAACCAGAUGGAACUCCUCUCGCCUCUGAUUCAACUGGAGUUUUCGUCACUGAAGAUGGAACAAUUAUUGAGAAGGACGACGACGGAAAGCCACUUGGACCAGACGGUCAGGUUCUUCCAACAGAUGCGUCAGGAAACUAUAUCUAUCCAAUUGUUGGUCCAGAUGGAAAAACUCAGCCGACUGACGAGUCUGAAAAGACUCCGUAUCCAGUACAUGGUCCAGAUGGAACUCCACUUCCAACUGAUGCUUCUGGAGCUGUUAUCGGGCCUGAUGGAGAACCAAUUCCUACUGACGCUAGUGGAAAACCAUUGUCUGCCGAUGGAUCUCCACUCCCGACUGACAAUAAUGGGAAAUAUGUGCUUGUUCCUGCUGAUGAAGUCACGACUAAAGUACUACCAACAGAUGAUUCCGGAAAUGUUGUUCAUCCAAUCACAAGACCAGACGGAACUCCACUUGGAACCGAUGCUUCAGGAUCUUUUAUUACAGACGAUGGACAAGCUAUUGAGAAAGAUGACGAAGGAAAGCCGAUUGGACCUGAUGGUCAGAUUCUUCCGAUCGAUGCUUCUGGAAACUACAUUUACCCAGUGAUCGGACCAGAUGGACAAGCUUUACCAACCGACGAAUCCGGAAAGACUGUCUACCCAGUUCGUGGACCAGAUGGAACUCCACUGCCAACGGAUGCUUCUGGAGCUGUCAUUGGACUUGAUGGAGAACCAAUUCCAACUGAUGCUAGUGGUAAGCCGCUGUCACGAAAUGGAUCGCCACUUUCUACUGAUUCUUCUGGAAACUAUAUCUUUGUUCCUACUGACGAUGAAAAGAAAGACUCAAAGAAAUGCGACAUUUCGUCCUCCCUUUCUGAUAUUAUCUUUGUGCUAGUAAAUGACGGAGAUGGGGCUCAAAACUACGAUCAAUUCAAGAAGGCAGUUGUCGGAUUCUCUAGAAAAGUUGACAUGUCUCCAGACAUCAUCCGUCUUGCAGUUCUUUCCGUUGGUAGUGAAAUUGCUGUUCCACUUCCACUCGGAGGAUAUCAAGAAAAGGAGCAUCUCAGUUCUAUUCUCAAUUCAUUCGAAAUCCCACCAAUCGUUGGAACUGAAAUUCUGUCUCCAGUUCAAGCUGCUAAUCAACAAUUCACAAGUUUCCCACGGACAGGUAUUUCUAAAAUGGUUGUAAUCUUCGCAGACAAUGAAGAAAAAUCAACCUUCAUUGGUGGAGCAACAUAUAUCACUGUAAAAUACGGAACAACUCCGAAGGACAUCAUCAACACGUUGAUUGAAGCUUGUGAGAAAGGACUUGUCGAGAUUGUUCCAGAUGAUACCAAGCAUGUCAUUGAUGAGACCGUUCCAACAAUAUCUUCUACUCCGGUGAUUGUCGAUCAAAGUGGUAAACCACUUCCUACUGAUGCAUCUGGAAACUACAUUGAUAACAAUGGAAAACCAAUUGUAAUUGAAGGAGAAGAACCAACUGGACCAGAAGAUCAGAAAUUGAGCAAGAAUAAAAAAGGAGAAUGGGUAUAUCCAUUGGUUGAUAAAUUUGGAAAACCAGUUGAAACUGAUGAUAAUGAUAAACCAGUGAUAACAGUAGUUGAUAACGAUGGAAACGAAUUAUCAAAGAAUGAUGAUGGAAAUUGGAUCGAUUUAUCAGGAAAUGAAAUUGAUACUGAUGAACUAGGAAGACCACUUGAUUCAGAAGGAAAUCCGUAUAAAUUUGAUGAUAAUGGACAUGUUGUCAUUGCUCCACAAAUUGAAGAAGAAGAAGAAACAACCCCAGCAAUUCCAUUUAUUAUUAUUGAUGGAGAACCAAUUAAUGAAGAUGAUGGAGUUUAUACUGAUAAGGAUGGAAAUGUUAUUCCAACUAACUCUGAAGGUAAACCAAUUGAUGAAAAUGGACAAGUUCUUCCAAAGAAUGAAGAUGGUGAAUUUGUGAAACCGAAGGAAGCUGACACAACUCAAUCUACCAUUGUAUCUCCUGAUGGAUCUCCACUUCCAACUGAUGCUUCUGGUGCAGCUAUUGGACCAGAUGGAGAACCUAUUCCAACUGAUUCUAAUGGGCGACCUUUAGCUAAGGAUGGAUCACCUCUUCCAACAGAUAACAAUGGAAGGUAUGUAAUUCUACCUUCAGGCAGAUAUUCUGGAGAUACUGAGACGACAGAUGAGUCAGGAAACGUUAUUUACCCAAUCAUCAAUCCCGACGGAACACCAUUGGGUACCGAUUCCACUGGAAACUAUAUUACCAGUAUUGGAGAUAUCAUUGAAAGAGAUGACGAAGGAAAACCAAUUGGACCAGACGGUCAAGUACUAACUACCGACGCUUCUGGAAAUUAUAUCUACCCGGUUGUAGGACCUGAUGGGCUAAUACUGCCGACGGAUGCUACUGGAAAACCAAUUUACCCAGUUCGAGGACCAGAUGGAACUCCACUUCCAACUGAUGCUUCUGGCGCUGUUAUUGGACCUAAUGGAGAACCGAUCCCUACUGAUGCAAGCGGAAAGCCUCUUUCUCAGGAUGGAUCUCCGCUUCCAACUGAUGUUAAUGGCAACUACAUUAUGUUACCAUCCGAUGAAGUUACCUCACAAUCGCUUCCAACAGACGAGUCUGGAAAUGUGAUCUAUCCAAUUACAAAACCAGAUGGAACUCCACUAGGUACCGAUUCGAGUGGAUCAUUUAUCACAGAAGACGGACAAAUUAUUGAAAAAGAUGAUGAAGGCAAGCCUAUCGGACCAGAUGGACAAAUUCUCUCCACUGAUGCUUCUGGAAACUACAUCUAUCCAGAUGUUGGACCAGAUGUACAAACUUUACCAACCGAUGGUGACAUGAUCAGUGUACCAACGGUUGAAGCAACUGUUGAAUUUACAUCCGAUAAAACUCCAGAAGUGAUCCAUUCGAUUACAAAACCAGACGGAACCCCUCUUUCAACCGAUUCUACCGGAGAAUUUGUGACUGAAGAUGGACAAAUAAUUGAAAAGGAUGAUGAAGGAAAACCAAUCGGUCCAGAUGGACAGGUGCUUCCGACCGAUGCUUCUGGAAACUACAUCUACCCAGUUAUUGGACUAGAUGGACAAGCCCUGCCAACAGACAAAUCUGGAAAGACUGUCUACCCAGUUCGAGGACCAAAUGGAACUCCGCUUCCAACUGAUGCCUCUGGAGCUGUCAUCGGACUUGAUGGAGAACCAAUUCCUACUGAUGCAAGUGGAAAACCAUUGUCAGCAGAUGGAUCUCCACUACCCACAGACGCUGUUGGAAAUUAUAUUUUAGUUCCUUCAGAUGACGGUGUUAUAAGAACUCAUCCAACUGAUGAGUCUGGUAAUACCAUUUACCCGAUCACUAAACCAGAUGGAACACCACUUGCCACAGACUCAACUGGCGCAUUUGUCACCGAUGAUGGACAAGUAAUUGAAAAAGACGACGAAGGAAAACCAAUUGGACCUGAUGGUCAAGUUCUACCAACAGAUGCUUCUGGAAACUACAUCUAUCCAGUCACAUCUUCCGAUGGCCAAGUUCUUCCUACUGAUGCUGAGAAGCCAGUUAUUGUCGAUCAAAGUGGUAAACCACUUCCUACUGAUGCAUCUGGAAACUACAUUGAUAACAAUGGAAAACCAAUUGUAAUUGAAGGAGAAGAACCAACUGGACCAGAAGAUCAGAAAUUGAGCAAGAAUAAAAAAGGAGAAUGGGUAUAUCCAUUGGUUGAUAAAUUUGGAAAACCAGUUGAAACUGAUGAUAAUGAUAAACCAGUGAUAACAGUAGUUGAUAACGAUGGAAACGAAUUAUCAAAGAAUGAUGAUGGAAAUUGGAUCGAUUUAUCAGGAAAUGAAAUUGAUACUGAUGAACUAGGAAGACCACUUGAUUCAGAAGGAAAUCCGUAUAAAUUUGAUGAUAAUGGACAUGUUGUCAUUGCUCCACAAAUUGAAGAAGAAGAAGAAGCAACCCCAGCAAUUCCAUUUAUUAUUAUUGAUGGAGAACCAAUUAAUGAAGAUGAUGGAGUUUAUACUGAUAAGGAUGGAAAUGUUAUUCCAACUAACUCUGAAGGUAAACCAAUUGAUGAAAAUGGACAAGUUCUUCCAAAGAAUGAAUAUGGUGAAUUUGUGAAACCGAAGGAAGCUGACACAACUCAAUCUACCAUUGUAUCUCCUGAUGGAUCUCCACUUCCAACUGAUGCUUCUGGUGCAGCUAUUGGACCAGAUGGAGAACCUAUUCCAACUGAUUCUAGUGGAAGACCAAUUUCGAAGGAUGGUUCGCCAUUGCCAACUGACGCUUCUGGAAAUUACAUUCUUGUGCCAUCAGGCGAAGGAGUUACGGAUUCACUUCCAACAGACGAGGCCGGAAACAUUAUUUAUCCAAUCACUAAACCCGAUGGAACAUUACUUGCCACCGACUCUACAGGAUCAUUUGUGGCUGAUGAUGGACAAAUCAUUGAGAAAGAUGACGAAGGUAAACCGAUUGGACCUGAUGGACAGGUUCUCCCAACUGAUGCUUCCGGAAACUACAUCUACCCAGUUAUUGGACCGGAUGGACAAGCCUUGCCAACUGAUGAAUCUGGAAAGACUGUUUACCCAGUACGCGGACCAGAUGGAACUCCGCUUCCAACUGAUGCUUCUGGAGCUGUUAUCGGGCCUGAUGGAGAACCAAUUCCUACUGACCCUAGUGGAAAACCAUUGUCAGCAGAUGGAUCUCCACUUCCGACUGACAUUAAUGGAAACUAUGUUCUCGUUCCAUCUGACGAAUCUGCAGCUAAAGUGCUUCCAACUGAUGAAUCUGGAAGUGUUGUUUAUCCAAUUACUAAACCUGACGGAACUCCACUUGGAACCGAUGCUUCAGGAUCUUUCGUUACAGACGAUGGACAAGCUAUUGGGAAAGAUGACGAAGGAAAGCCGAUUGGACCAGAUGGACAGACUCUUCCAAUCGAUGACUCUGGCAAUUACAUCUACCCAGUUGUUGGACCCGAUGGACAAGCUCUACCAACAGACGAAUCUGGAAAGACUGUCUACCCAGUACUCGGACCAGAUGGAAUUCCACUGCCAACGGAUGCUUCUGGAGCUGUUAUCGGACCUGAUGGAGAAAUAAUUCCUACUGAUGCAAGUGGAAAACCAUUGUCAGCAGAUGGAUCUCCACUCCCGACUGACAAUAAUGGGAACUACGUGCUUGUGCCUGCUGAUGAAGUCACGACUAAAGUACUACCAACAGAUGAUUCCGGAAAUGUUGUUCAUCCAAUCACAAGACCAGACGGAACUCCACUUGGAACCGAUGCUUCAGGAUCUUUCGUUACAGACGAUGGACAAGCUAUUGAGAAAGAUGACGAAGGAAAGCCGAUUGGACCUGAUGGUCAGGUGCUUCCGACCGAUGCUUCUGGAAACUACAUCUACCCAGUUAUUGGACCAGAUGGACAAGCCCUGCCAACAGACAAAUCUGGAAAGACUGUCUAUCCAGUUCGAGGACCAGAUGGAACUCCGCUUUCAACUGAUGCCUCUGGAGCUCUCAUCGGACUUGAUGGAGAACCAAUUCCUACUGAUGCAAGUGGAAAACCAUUGUCAGCAGAUGGAUCUCCACUACCCACAGACGCUGUUGGAAAUUAUAUUUUAGUUCCUUCAGAUGACGGUGUAAUAAGAACUCAUCCAACUGAUGAGUCUGGUAAUACCAUUUAUCCGAUCACUAAACCAGAUGGAACACCACUUGCCACAGACUCAACUGGCGCAUUUGUCACCGAUGAUGGACAAGUAAUUGAAAAAGACGACGAAGGAAAACCAAUUGGACCUGAUGGUCAAGUUCUACCAACAGAUGCUUCUGGAAACUACAUCUAUCCAGUCACAUCUUCCGAUGGCCAAGUUCUUCCUACUGAUGCUGAGAAGCCAGUUAUUGUCGAUCAAAGUGGUAAACCACUUCCUACUGAUGCAUCUGGAAACUACAUUGAUAACAAUGGAAAACCAAUUGUAAUUGAAGGAGAAGAACCAACUGGACCAGAAGAUCAGAAAUUGAGCAAGAAUGAAAAAGGAGAAUGGGUAUAUCCAUUGGUUGAUAAAUUUGGAAAACCAGUUGAAACUGAUGAUAAUGAUAAACCAGUGAUAACAGUAGUUGAUAACGAUGGAAACGAAUUAUCAAAGAAUGAUGAUGGAAAUUGGAUCGAUUUAUCAGGAAAUGAAAUUGAUACUGAUGAACUAGGAAGACCACUUGAUUCAGAAGGAAAUCCGUAUAAAUUUGAUGAUAAUGGACAUGUUGUCAUUGCUCCACAAAUUGAAGAAGAAGAAGAAACAACCCCAGCAAUUCCAUUUAUUAUUAUUGAUGGAGAACCAAUUAAUGAAGAUGAUGGAGUUUAUACUGAUAAGGAUGGAAAUGUUAUUCCAACUAACUCUGAAGGUAAACCAAUUGAUGAAAAUGGACAAGUUCUUCCAAAGAAUGAAGAUGGUGAAUUUGUGAAACCGAAGGAAGCUGACACAACUCAAUCUACCAUUGUAUCUCCUGAUGGAUCUCCACUUCCAACUGAUGCUUCUGGUGCAGCUAUUGGACCAGAUGGAGAACCUAUUCCAACUGAUUCUAGUGGAAGACCAAUUUCGAAGGAUGGUUCGCCAUUGCCAACUGACGCUUCUGGAAAUUACAUUCUUGUGCCAUCAGGCGAAGGAGUUACGGAUUCACUUCCAACAGACGAGGCCGGAAACAUUAUUUAUCCAAUCACUAAACCCGAUGGAACAUUACUUGCCACCGACUCUACAGGAUCAUUUGUGGCUGAUGAUGGACAAAUCAUUGAGAAAGAUGACGAAGGUAAACCGAUUGGACCUGAUGGACAGGUUCUCCCAACUGAUGCUUCCGGAAACUACAUCUACCCAGUUAUUGGACCGGAUGGACAAGCCUUGCCAACUGAUGAAUCUGGAAAGACUGUUUACCCAGUACGCGGACCAGAUGGAACUCCGCUUCCAACUGAUGCUUCUGGAGCUGUUAUCGGGCCUGAUGGAGAACCAAUUCCUACUGACCCUAGUGGAAAACCAUUGUCAGCAGAUGGAUCUAAACUUCCGACUGACAUUAAUGGAAACUAUGUGCUUGUUCCUGCUGAUGAAGUCACGACUAAAGUACUACCAACAGAUGAUUCCGGAAAUGUUGUUCAUCCAAUCACAAGACCAGACGGAACUCCACUUGGAACCGAUGCUUCAGGAUCAUUUAUCACUGAAGAUGGACAGAUUGUUGAAAAGAACGACGAUGGAAAGCCGAUUGGUCCAGAUGGACAGGUACUUCCGACAGAUUCUUCGGAUAACUAUAUUUAUCCAUCUAUUGGAUCUGAUGAACAAGCUAUGCCAACUGACACAACAGGAAGCGUGAUUUAUCCCCUAGUUAGCCCAGAUGGUACUGUGAUUGAAGGACCUCCCAAAGUAGCUAAACCUGUUGGUCCAGACGGAAAAGUACUUCCAACUGAUGCUAGUGGACACUUCAUUGGACCAGAUGGUCCCAUACCAACAGAUUAUGGAGUAACUUAUUCUGAUACUGUUACUACUCCUGAUGGAAUACCACUGUCCAAUGAUUCAACAGGAGCAUUUAUUACUGAGGAUGGAACUGUUAUUGAGAACAACGAAGAUGGAAAGCCAAUUGGCCCGGACGGUCAAGUUCUUCCAACUGAUGCUUAUGGAAAUUACAUCUAUCCAGCCAUUGGACCUGAUGGACAGGCUCUACCAACAGACGAAUCUGGAAAUCCAGUCUAUCCAGUUCGUGGACCAGACGGCACUCCACUUCCAACAGAUGUUUCUGGAGCUGUUAUCGGACCUGAUGGAGAACCAAUUCCUACUGAUGCAAGUGGGAAACCAUUGUCUGCCGAUGGUGGUUCUCCUCUUCCAACGGACAAUAAUGGGAACUAUGUGCUUGUUCCUGCUGAUGAAGUCACGACUAAAGUACUACCAACAGAUGAUUCCGGAAAUGUUGUUCAUCCAAUCACAAGACCAGACGGAACUCCACUUGGAACCGAUGCUUCAGGAUCUUUUGUUAGAGACGAUGGACAAGCUAUUGAGAAAGAUGACGAAGGAAAACCGAUUGGACCUGAUGGACAAGUUCUUCCAACUGAUGCUUCUGGAAACUACAUCUACCCAGUUAUUGGACCAGAUGGACAAGCCCUGCCAACUGAUGAAUCUGGAAAGACUGUCUACCCAGUUCGAGGACCCGAUGGAACUCCACUUCCAACUGAUGCUUCUGGAGCUGUCAUCGGACUUGAUGGAGAACCAAUUCCUACUGAUGCAAGUGGAAAACCAUUGUCAGCAGAAGGAUCUCCUCUUCCAACGGACAAUAAUGGGAACUAUGUGCUUGUUCCUGCUGAUGAAGUCACGACUAAAGUACUACCAACAGAUGAUUCCGGAAAUGUUGUUCAUCCAAUCACAAGACCAGACGGAACUCCACUUGGAACCGAUGCUUCAGGAUCUUUUGUUAGAGACGAUGGACAAGCUAUUGAGAAAGAUGACGAAGGAAAACCGAUUGGACCUGAUGGACAAGUUCUUCCAACUGAUGCUUCUGGAAACUACAUCUACCCAGUUAUUGGACCAGAUGGACAAGCCCUGCCAACUGAUGAAUCUGGAAAGACUGUCUACCCAGUUCGAGGACCCGAUGGAACUCCACUUCCAACUGAUGCUUCUGGAGCUGUCAUCGGACUUGAUGGAGAACCAAUUCCUACUGAUGCAAGUGGAAAACCAUUGUCAGCAGAAGGAUCUCCUCUUCCAACGGACAAUAAUGGGAACUAUGUGCUUGUUCCUGCUCAUGAAGUCACGACUAAAGUACUACCAACAGAUGAUUCCGGAAAUGUUGUUCAUCCAAUCACAAGACCAGACGGAACUCCACUUGGAACCGAUGCUUCAGGAUCUUUCGUUACAGACGAUGGACAAGCUAUUGAGAAAGAUGACGAAGGAAAGCCGAUUGGACCUGAUGGUCAGGUGCUUCCGACCGAUGCUUCUGGAAACUACAUCUAUCCAGUCACAUCUUCCGAUGGCCAAGUUCUUCCUACUGAUGCUGAGAAGCCAGUUAUUGUCGAUCAAAGUGGUAAACCACUUCCUACUGAUGCAUCUGGAAACUACAUUGAUAACAAUGGAAAACCAAUUGUAAUUGAAGGAGAAGAACCAACUGGACCAGAAGAUCAGAAAUUGAGCAAGAAUGAAAAAGGAGAAUGGGUAUAUCCAUUGGUUGAUAAAUUUGGAAAACCAGUUGAAACUGAUGAUAAUGAUAAACCAGUGAUAACAGUAGUUGAUAACGAUGGAAACGAAUUAUCAAAGAAUGAUGAUGGAAAUUGGAUCGAUUUAUCAGGAAAUGAAAUUGAUACUGAUGAACUAGGAAGACCACUUGAUUCAGAAGGAAAUCCGUAUAAAUUUGAUGAUAAUGGACAUGUUGUCAUUGCUCCACAAAUUGAAGAAGAAGAAGAAGCAACCCCAGCAAUUCCAUUUAUUAUUAUUGAUGGAGAACCAAUUAAUGAAGAUGAUGGAGUUUAUACUGAUAAGGAUGGAAAUGUUAUUCCAACUAACUCUGAAGGUAAACCAAUUGAUGAAAAUGGACAAGUUCUUCCAAAGAAUGAAGAUGGUGAAUUUGUGAAACCGAAGGAAGCUGACACAACUCAAUCUACCAUUGUAUCUCCUGAUGGAUCUCCACUUCCAACUGAUGCUUCUGGUGCAGCUAUUGGACCAGAUGGAGAACCUAUUCCAACUGAUUCUAAUGGGCGACCUUUAGCUAAGGAUGGAUCACCUCUUCCAACAGAUAACAAUGGAAGGUAUGUAAUUCUACCUUCAGGCAGAUAUUCUGGAGAUACUGAGACGACAGAUGAGUCAGGAAACGUUAUUUACCCAAUCAUCAAUCCCGACGGAACACCAUUGGGUACCGAUUCCACUGGAAACUAUAUUACCAGUAUUGGAGAUAUCAUUGAAAGAGAUGACGAAGGAAAACCAAUUGGACCAGACGGUCAAGUACUAACUACCGACGCUUCUGGAAAUUAUAUCUACCCGGUUGUAGGACCUGAUGGGCUAAUACUGCCGACGGAUGCUACUGGAAAACCAAUUUACCCAGUUCGAGGACCAGAUGGAACUCCACUUCCAACUGAUGCUUCUGGCGCUGUUAUUGGACCUAAUGGAGAACCGAUCCCUACUGAUGCAAGCGGAAAGCCUCUUUCUCAGGAUGGAUCUCCGCUUCCAACUGAUGUUAAUGGCAACUACAUUAUGUUACCAUCCGAUGAAGUUACCUCACAAUCGCUUCCAACAGACGAGUCUGGAAAUGUGAUCUAUCCAAUUACAAAACCAGAUGGAACUCCACUAGGUACCGAUUCGAGUGGAUCAUUUAUCACAGAAGACGGACAAAUUAUUGAAAAAGAUGAUGAAGGCAAGCCUAUCGGACCAGAUGGACAAAUUCUCUCCACUGAUGCUUCUGGAAACUACAUCUAUCCAGAUGUUGGACCAGAUGUACAAACUUUACCAACCGAUGGUGACAUGAUCAGUGUACCAACGGUUGAAGCAACUGUUGAAUUUACAUCCGAUAAAACUCCAGAAGUGAUCCAUUCGAUUACAAAACCAGACGGAACCCCUCUUUCAACCGAUUCUACCGGAGAAUUUGUGACUGAAGAUGGACAAAUAAUUGAAAAGGAUGAUGAAGGAAAACCAAUCGGUCCAGAUGGACAGGUGCUUCCAACCGAUGCUUCUGGAAACUACAUCUACCCAGUUAUUGGACUAGAUGGACAAGCCCUGCCAACAGACAAAUCUGGAAAGACUGUCUACCCAGUUCGAGGACCAAAUGGAACUCCGCUUCCAACUGAUGCCUCUGGAGCUGUCAUCGGACUUGAUGGAGAACCAAUUCCUACUGAUGCAAGUGGAAAACCAUUGUCAGCAGAUGGAUCUCCACUACCCACAGACGCUGUUGGAAAUUAUAUUUUAGUUCCUUCAGAUGACGGUGUUAUAAGAACUCAUCCAACUGAUGAGUCUGGUAAUACCAUUUACCCGAUCACUAAACCAGAUGGAACACCACUUGCCACAGACUCAACUGGCGCAUUUGUCACCGAUGAUGGACAAGUAAUUGAAAAAGACGACGAAGGAAAACCAAUUGGACCUGAUGGUCAAGUUCUACCAACAGAUGCUUCUGGAAACUACAUCUAUCCAGUCACAUCUUCCGAUGGCCAAGUUCUUCCUACUGAUGCUGAGAAGCCAGUUAUUGUCGAUCAAAGUGGUAAACCACUUCCUACUGAUGCAUCUGGAAACUACAUUGAUAACAAUGGAAAACCAAUUGUAAUUGAAGGAGAAGAACCAACUGGACCAGAAGAUCAGAAAUUGAGCAAGAAUAAAAAAGGAGAAUGGGUAUAUCCAUUGGUUGAUAAAUUUGGAAAACCAGUUGAAACUGAUGAUAAUGAUAAACCAGUGAUAACAGUAGUUGAUAACGAUGGAAACGAAUUAUCAAAGAAUGAUGAUGGAAAUUGGAUCGAUUUAUCAGGAAAUGAAAUUGAUACUGAUGAACUAGGAAGACCACUUGAUUCAGAAGGAAAUCCGUAUAAAUUUGAUGAUAAUGGACAUGUUGUCAUUGCUCCACAAAUUGAAGAAGAAGAAGAAGCAACCCCAGCAAUUCCAUUUAUUAUUAUUGAUGGAGAACCAAUUAAUGAAGAUGAUGGAGUUUAUACUGAUAAGGAUGGAAAUGUUAUUCCAACUAACUCUGAAGGUAAACCAAUUGAUGAAAAUGGACAAGUUCUUCCAAAGAAUGAAGAUGGUGAAUUUGUGAAACCGAAGGAAGCUGACACAACUCAAUCUACCAUUGUAUCUCCUGAUGGAUCUCCACUUCCAACUGAUGCUUCUGGUGCAGCUAUUGGACCAGAUGGAGAACCUAUUCCAACUGAUUCUAGUGGAAGACCAAUUUCGAAGGAUGGUUCGCCAUUGCCAACUGACGCUUCUGGAAAUUACAUUCUUGUGCCAUCAGGCGAAGGAGUUACGGAUUCACUUCCAACAGACGAGGCCGGAAACAUUAUUUAUCCAAUCACUAAACCCGAUGGAACAUUACUUGCCACCGACUCUACAGGAUCAUUUGUGGCUGAUGAUGGACAAAUCAUUGAGAAAGAUGACGAAGGUAAACCGAUUGGACCUGAUGGACAGGUUCUCCCAACUGAUGCUUCCGGAAACUACAUCUACCCAGUUAUUGGACCGGAUGGACAAGCCUUGCCAACUGAUGAAUCUGGAAAGACUGUUUUCCCAGUACGCGGACCAGAUGGAACUCCGCUUCCAACUGAUGCUUCUGGAGCUGUUAUCGGGCCUGAUGGAGAACCAAUUCCUACUGACCCUAGUGGAAAACCAUUGUCAGCAGAUGGAUCUCCACUUCCGACUGACAUUAAUGGAAACUAUGUUCUCGUUCCAUCUGACGAAUCUGCAGCUAAAGUGCUUCCAACUGAUGAAUCUGGAAGUGUUGUUUAUCCAAUUACUAAACCUGACGGAACACCGCUUGGAACCGAUUCUUCGGGAUCGUAUAUUACCGAAGAUGGGCAACUGGUAGGAAAAGACGAAGAAGGAAAACCAGUUGGCCCUGACGGGCAAGUACUUCCAACAGACUCUGCUGGGCAUUACGUUUAUCCAAUCACUGGUGCAGAUAGACAAAUUUUAACAACUGAUGCAGCUGGAAAACCAAUUUAUUCAGUUUUCAACGAAGAUGGCAUUCAACUACCAACGGAUUCGUCUGGAUAUGCAAUUGGGCAUGAUGGAGAACUCGUCCCUACCGAGUCGACAAACGGCGUCCCACUUAAUAAAGACGGAACACCAUUACCAACGAAUGAUAGUGGGCAUUUUGUUCUUGUGCUGCCAGGUGCAACAGUAAAUGAUUCUAAACCAACCGAUGAAGUCAUUGUUUCUAUAACAAAUCCGGAUGGGACACUUCUCGGAACAGAUUCAACUGGUGCUUUCGUCACUGAAGAUGGACCAAUUAUUGAAAAUGAUGAUGAAGGAAAACCAGUUGGACCAGACGGUCAAGUUCUUCCAACUGAUGACUCCGGAAACUACAUCUAUCCAGUUAUUGGCCCAGAUGGACAAGCCCUGCCAACUGAUGAAUCUGGAAAGACUGUCUACCCAAUUCGAGGACCAGAUGGAACUCCACUACCAACUGAUGCUUCAGGAGCUUCAAUUGGUCCAGAUGGAGAACCAAUUCCAACUGAUGCCAGCGGCAAGCCACUAUCUAAAGAUGGAUCACCACUCCCAACUGACAACGACGGACACUAUGUUCUUGUUCCUGUAGACGAUUCCACUAUUAAAGCAUUUCCAACUGAUGAAUCUGGAAAUGUUGCUUACCCAAUUACGCGACCAGACGGAACACCUCUCGGAACGGAUUCAUCAGGAUCGUUUGUUACUGAUGAUGGAACAAUAAUUGAGAAUGACGAUGAAGGUAAACCCAUUGGACCAGACGGACAAGUUCUCCCUACUGAUGCUUCUGGUAAUUACAUCUAUCCAGUCAUUGGACCAGAUGGACAAGCCCUGCCAACUGAUGAAUCUGGAAAGACUGUCUACCCAGUACACGGACCAGAUGGAACUCCACUUCCAACGGAUGCUUCUGGUGCUGCUAUCGGACCUGAUGGGGAACCAAUUCCUACUGAUGCUAGUGGUAAGCCGCUGUCACAAGAUGGAUCGGCACUCCCAACUGAUAACAAUGGAAACUUUAUACUCGUUCCCUCAGACAAAUCUACCACCAAGACCCUUCCAACUGACGAGAGCGGUAAUUUCAUUUAUCCAAUCACAAAACCAGAUGGAGUUCUCUUUGCGACCGAUUCGACUGGAAACUAUGUCACUGAUGAAGGUGAAUUAAUUGAAAAAGAUGACAACGGAUAUCCACUGGGUCCAGAUAAACGAGUUCUUCCAACCGAUGGGUCAGGAAACUACAUCUAUCCUGCAGUUGGAUCAGAUGAAAAGAUUCUUCCAACGGACAAUCUUGGAAAGGUGGUUUAUCCUAUCACAAGACCAGAUGGAAGCCCACUUGCAACUGAUUCCACUGGUGUCUUCGUGACCGGAGAUGGGACGAUUGUUGAGAGGAAUGAAGAAGGAAAACCAAUUGGUCCAGAUGGACAGGUACUUACAACUGAUAAUUCCGGAAACUAUAUCUACCCAGUCAUUGGUCCUGAUGGAGAACCACUUGGUACGGACGCUAGCGGAAAGACUGUCUAUCCAGUACGUGGACCAGAUGGAACUCCACUUGCAACUGAUGCUUUUGGAGCUGUCAUCGGACCUGAUGGAGAACCAAUUCCGACUGAUGCCAGUGGUAAACCUCUUGACCAGAGUGGUUUCCCACUUCCAACGGACAAUAACGGAAACUACAUUCUUGUUCCUUCUGACGAGGCUUUAGGAAAGAUUCUUCCGACGGAUGAAAAUGGAAAUGUCGUGUAUUCAGUUACAAAUCCAGAUGGAACUCCUCUAGCUACCGAUUCUACCGGAUCGUUCAUUGCUUCUAAUGGAUUGAUUGUAGAAAAAGAUGACGAAGGAAAACCGAUUGGACCCGAUGGACAGGUUCUCCCAACUGAUGCUUCCGGAAACUACAUCUACCCAGUUAUUGGACCGGAUGGACAAGCCUUGCCAACUGAUGAAUCUGGAAAACCAAUUUAUCCAGUUUUCACUGAAGAUGGAACGCAACUUCCAACUGAUUCUACCGGAUUUGCAAUUGGCCCUGACGGCGAACUUGUUCCCACUGAUUCAGCAAAUGGUGUUCCACUUUCAAAAGAUGGUUCACCACUUCCGACUGAUGCAUCUGGUAAUUACAUUCUUCCGGAUUCUGGUGUUACGACAGCAAACCCAACAGAUGAAAAUGGUUAUGCCAUCUAUCCUAUUACUAAACCUGAUGGAACUCUUCUUGCUACCGAUUCUACUGGCUCUUACAUCACUCAAGGAGGUCAACUGAUUGAAAAAGACAACACAGGAAAGCCAAUUGGACCAGAUGGGCAAGUACUACCGACCGAUGGAUCCGGCAACUAUGUCUACCCAGUUGUUGGACCAGAUGGACAAGCUCUCCCAACUGAUGACACUGGAAACGUUGUUUAUCCAGUGAUAAACGCAGAUGGGUCAUUGCUUGCUACUGAUUCUUCGGGAUCUUUCAUCACCGAGAACGGAAAAAUUGUUGCAAAAGACGACGAAGGAAAACCAAUCAGUCCAGAUGGACAGGUUCUACCUACUGAUGCUUCUGGCAACUAUAUAUACCCGGCACUCGGACCAGAUGGAUCUAUUCUUCCAACAGACUCCAAUGGAAAAUCUAUAUAUCCGGUCCGUGGUCCCGAUGGUACACCACUACCAACAGAUGAAUUCGGUUUUGCUAUUGGACCAGAUGGAAAACCAAUCCCUACUGAUACUAGCGGAAAGCCAUUGUCCGCAGAUGGGUCACCGCUUCCAACAGACAACAAUGGAAACUACAUUCUUGUUCUUUCUGAAGGUGUCACCGAACAUGCUCCAACAGAUGAAAACGGAAAUGUUAUCUACCCAGUUACUAAUCCAGAUGGAACUCCACUUGGGACAGACUCAUCAGGAGCUUUCAUUACUCAAGACGGCACUGUGGUCAAAAAAGAUGAGGACGGAAAGCCAAUCGGCCCAGACGGGCAGGUGCUACCAACGGAUAACUCAGGAAACUACAUCUAUCCUGUUAUUGGGCCUGAUGGACAAGUUCUGCCAACUGAUGCAUCAGGUAAAACUGUGCAUUCGGUUUAUGGCCCUGAUGGUACUCAACUACCAACCGAUGCUUCUGGCUCCGCCAUCGGUCCAGAUGGUGAACUUGUUCCAACUGAUGUCAGUGGGAGACCUCUUUCACAAGACGGUUCACCUUUACCAACUGAUAACAAUGGAAACUAUGCGCUGGUAGUCUCGGAUGAAGCAACCACAAAGGUUCUUCCAACUGAUGAGGGUGGAAAUGUUAUUUAUCAUAUCACAAAGCCUGAUGGUUCACUUCUUGGAACUGACGCAUCUGGAGAUUUUAUUACCGAUCAUGGAAAAGCUGUUCAAAAAGAUGACGAAGGAAAACCAAUCGGACCUGAUGGAUCAGUGCUUCCUACUGAUACUUCUGGAAAUUACAUUUAUCCAAUCACUGGACCAGACGGAAAUGUGCUGCCAACCGAUUCAAAUGGAAAACCAGUUUAUCCCGUCUUUAAUGAAGAUGGAACUCAACUUCCAACAGAUUCAACUGGAUCAGCAAUCGACCAAGACGGAGAACUUGUUUCCACUGAUUCCACAAGCGGAGUUCCACUUGCUAAAGAUGGUUCUCCACUUCCAACAAACUCAGCAGGAAACUAUGUUCUCGUUUCAUCUGGAAAAUCUCAACCAACUGAUGAACAUGGAAAUGUCAUUUAUCCUAUCACUAAACCAGAUGGAACUCUUCUCGCCACCGACUCAACUGGGUCAUAUCUCACUGAAGAUGGUCAACUUGUAGAAAUAGAUGAUUCUGGAAAACCCCUCGGAUCAGACGGACAGGUUUUACCAAUCGAUGCUUCAGGCAACUAUAUCUACCCUGCGCUCGGACCAGAUGGGCAAGCGCUCCCGACCGACGAUGCGGGAAAUUUGGUAUAUCCAAUCGUCUAUCCUGAUGGAACACCACUCGCCACAGAAUCAACUGGAAAUUAUGUCACUGAAAACGGAGAAGUAGUUGGUAAAAAUACUGACGGUAAACCAAUUUCACCUGAUGGUCAAGUUCUUCCAACUGAUGCUUCUGGAAAUUAUAUCUAUCCAGCAGUUGGACCAGAUGGACAAGUAUUGCCAACCGAUGCCUCCGGAAAACUAAUAUACCCAGUAUUCCACCCAGAUGGAACACAACUUCCGACGGAUGCCUCUGGAUAUGCUGUCGCUCCUGAUGGUUCGUUAAUUCCGACUGAAUUUUCUGGAAAACCGCUCGGAAAGGAUGGAUCUGUCCUUCCAACAGAUAACAGUGGAAGAUAUGUUCUUGUUCAUGACGAUAGAGAAGUUACACAGACAAUCCCAACAGAUGAAUCUGGAAACACUAUUUAUCCAAUUACAAGACCAGAUGGAACACUUCUCUCAACCGACUCAACUGGAAUCUAUCUUACAGAUGAAGGAAACGUGAUCGAUAGAGAUAACGAAGGAAAACCACUUGGGCCAGAUGGUCAAGUUCUACCAACUGAUGGUUACGGAAACUUUGUGUAUCCUGCAGACAGCGAUAUUGGAGGAGCGAAGCUUCUACCAACAGACGAAUAUGGACAUACAUUGUAUCCAGUCAUCAGACCAGAUGGAUCGCUACUCUCAACAGAAUCAUCAGGAUCGUUUGUCACGGAUGAUGGAACUGUCGUUUCAAAAGACAGUGAUGGAAAGCCAUUGGGUCCUGCUGGACAAGUUCUGCCAACUGAUGCAUCCGGAAACUACAUUUAUCCUUCAAUUGGACCAGAUGGAUCACCACUUCCAACAGAUAUCAACGGGAAGCCAGCAUAUACCGUUAUUGGAAGAUACGGGGAUGUGUUACCAACCGAUUCUCUUGGAAGAGCAGUUAAUAUUGACGGAUCAGUUGUACCUACUGAUGAUGAAGGACUCCCGAUCGACCAAUACGGUGUCGUACUCCCAACUGAUACAACUCGCAAACUUCACACUUUAGUCCCAACUCGUCGCCCGUCGUCCUUCUGCUAUGUUACUUCUCACAUUGACCUCCUUCUCGUGAUUGAUUCAUCUAAUAACAUCAAGGUACUUGACUAUAGAGUAAUGAAGGAGUUAAUCAAAAACUUCCUCACUGAACAUUUCAACCUUCGCAAGCACCAAGUACGUGUUGGACUUGUCAAGUACGGAGAUGGAGCUGAAAUCCCUGUUUCUUUGGGAGACUACGACAACGAAGACGAUUUAGUGCAUCGCAUCAGUGAAUCUCGCAGACUCAAAGGGCGUGCUCAACUUGGAGCUGGUCUUCGUGAAGCGCUUGAUGAGCUCUCAAUUUCUGGAGUUGAUGGAGUACCGCAAAUUGUUUUGAUUGUCAAGAAUGGAAAGGCUAGCGACGACUACUCAUCUGCAGUUAAAUCCCUCAAGGCAGAACGCAAUGUAACCGUGUUUGUGGUUGACGCUGGAGAUGAUGAAAGUCAACAGCAGAAUUCUGAACUCACCGAAGAAGAUAAGACUAUUGUGAUUUCACAAUGGCGUGGAGCUGAUUCAGAGGUUCUUGGUCCAAUUGCUGAUUACAUUUGCAAGAUUGUGCCAAACGUCGAAACGAGCAGAACCUGGCCAACUCCAAGAACCAAGGCAACAACUACAUCCGGAACUGGACGUAGCUGCUCAUCAAUCGACUACGAAUCUGAUGUUAUUAUUGUGCUCGACUCUUCUGAAAACUUCACUCCAGAUGAAUUCGUCAGCAUGAAGGAUGCUGUUGCCAGCAUCGUUGAUACUGGAUUUGACUUGGCCCCUGAUGUUUCGAAAAUUGGAUUCGUAAUCUACAGUGACAAGGUUGCUGUACCAGUGGCUCUUGGCCAUUACGAAGACAAAAUUGAACUUCUGGAAAAGAUUACUGAUGCCGAAAAGAUCAAUGAUGGAGUCGCAAUUGCUUUGUAUGGUUUGAAUGCUGCUCGUCAACAAUUCCAACUUCAUGGACGUGAGAACGCAACAAAGGUAGUGAUCCUCAUCACGAACGGAAAGAAUCGAGGAAACGCUGCAGCUGCUGCAGAAGACCUUCGAGAUAUGUAUGGAGUACAGCUUUUUGCUGUUGCAGUUGGAUCAAACCCAGAGGAGCUUGCUACCAUUAAACGACUUGUCGGAAACUCCAAUACCGAAAAUGUAAUCGAAGUCGCUCAAUCCACCGAAAUUGAUGACGAUGCAGCGGCGCUUCUAAAGGCGGUUUGUGGAAACACAUCACCAAAGAACUCAGAAAUGCCAGCUCAUUUGACUACUAAGCGCGAUGUUUUAGCUCAAAAAUUCACAACCGCUCCGAUGCUCCGCACAACUCGUGCCGUCGCUGGCGGACUCUGCAAUGACGGAAUCCGAAGACCUUAUCAUUUCAACAUUCUAGUGGAUAUCACUUCAAGAGCUUCAGCGGAUGAGUUCCGUCGUGUUCUCGAUCAUCUUAUCAACUUUUUCAAUGACCGAAUGAGAGAUGAACAGCACAUGAUCACCAUCAACAUUAUUACCGUCAACAGUGAUAAGGUUCAAAAUAUUUUGAGCAACUUGCGCGCUGAUCAACUUUCUGAACAACUCAACGCAAUCACUCAACAAUCAGAUGACACAGUUUCUCCAAAACUCGGAGCCGGAAUCGAUGCUCUUGCUGAGCUCUCAAAGGAAAAUUACAUUAAUGGAGCUAUCAAACUGAUGCUUAUCGUUGGUUCUGAUGGUACCUCCAGUGACGAUGCUCUCCCAGCAGCUGAAUACGCUAAUAGUGACUUCCAACACAAUAUCAUCGCUGUCUCUGUGAGAAAACCAGCCACUGAUCUUCUAUCCAAAAUUGCUGGACUUCCAACAAGAGUGGUUCAUCUGGACCAAUGGUCUGCCCCGAAUGAGUUGUUUGACAGUUGGAUUGCAUACAUCACAUGUGAUUAUGCAACAGCUAGUACCACUCGUAAAUCGACAACUCCAAAGAUGACAACUCUUCGCCCAUACGACCGUAAGGCAUCUAAGGAAGACGCCACGAACAUCGAACUGAUCCCAUUGUCACCAUCAUCACUAUCUGUUUCUUGGACUUGCUGUACUAACAACAAAUCUAACUACACAAUUCUCUACACUCAUGAUACUUCAAUUACAAAGGAAAAAUGGAUUCGCAAGGAAGUCACAUGCCGUGAUAGUUUUGGAACUCAUCUUAAUGAACUUCCAUCUGAUCACACCUAUACUGUCUGUGUCAUGACUAACGAGAGGGUUGACAAUUCAACUGCAUUGGCAAUUGAUAAAAACUGUGAUAGUCUCCACAUUGAUCAGAACACCACUGCUCCAGAAGACUACGUUAAGCCGUCUCCAUCGAGCUGCAACUGUCAAUGUUCUGAAGGAAAAGCUGUUCUCCGAGCAACUUGUGAAAUGGUUAUCGAUACUAAUCGCCCAAUUGCUACCCUUCCACCAGCAACAGUCGACGAGUGUCCUUGCAAAGUCAAGGCUCACGGAGGACGUUGUCCAAAGGGUUAUAUUGCAAAGGACGGACAGUGUUAUGAUAUUGAUGAGUGUGAAACCAACAACGGACAAUGCUCAGAGGGUUGUGUGAAUACUCCGGGGUCUUACUACUGUGCUUGCCCUCAUGGAAUGAUGCGUGAUCCUUUGGAUCCUUUCAAUUGUGUCAAUACCGCCAACUCAUUCGACAAAAUCGCUGCCCUUCUUGCAAAUUAUCUUGAAGCAAACACUAAAAAUUCUGGAUCAGAAGUAACAUCAGAAAAGUCUGACGGUGGACGUGUCAACUACAAAGCCACAAUUAAGUCAGCCGACGAUAAGACCAUUACUUUCGAGUGGUCCCAUGUUCCAGAAGUUGUGCGAAGAGCCUUCAAAUGGCUAUUCUAAUUUUCUCUUAACUUCUCCCCAAUUAUUAUAUAUCAAUCCAAACCAAGAAAAUCUCCGUAUACAUAAAUUAUAUAUCUCGGUGAAUGGUAUUUCUGUAUUUAUAUAUAGCUCUUCAUAUUCUUACAUAUUUCAAAAUCCCCCCAAAUCUGUUACUUUCCACCAUUCUUCUUUCACAUUUUCUCUUAAUCCCAAAAUCUGUUAACUGCCAAUUAGGCGCUCUUUUGAGAUAUUUUUGCUUUUGAUAAUGUGCCUUUAGUUUUUCUUUUAAUUUUUGCGGUAAAGUGGUCCAAUAAAUAAUCUAAAAAAUAACA